CUCUUCUUCAGUCUCUUAAAACUCUUUAGUUUUUCUACUGAGCGAGUCAGAUGAGGCGCAGCCGCACUGGGGAAGUCGAGUAGGACUGGCGCAAAAGCCUUCUCGUUUUUAGACUAAGCCGUGUGAUCAGCGUUUUGUAUGAUUUUAAAUGAUGGAAUAUGGAAAUGAUAACAGUUGACCACGGCUUUGUGGCUGUGGAGUGUUUACGAGGCAUGGCUUUCGUUUUCAAUUGUUUUUUUCUGUCCUGUGUGAGCAAUGUUUGGGGAAAUCAUGUGAAAUCAACGCAAACUGAGAAUAUCUAUUUGGAUAACAUCACGCGAGUAUUGGAUAGAUUACUAGAUGGAUAUGACAACAGACUGCGACCUGGAUUUGGAGGUCCAGUUACUGAGGUCAAAACAGACAUCUUUGUCACAAGCUUUGGUCCAGUGUCAGAUGUUGAGAUGUUUUUCUUAGUGGAGAAGUUGAGAAAUAUGGACCUGCACAGUACUUCAACAGAUCAAAAACAACAUGAGUACACCAUGGAUGUAUUUUUCCGUCAAACGUGGAUUGACGAGAGGUUGAAAUUCGAGGGCCCCAUCGAGAUUCUGCGUCUCAACAACCUCAUGGUCAGCAAGAUCUGGACGCCAGACACAUUCUUCCGGAAUGGCAAGAGGUCCAUCUCUCACAACAUGACCACUCCCAACAAGCUGUUUCGCAUCAUGCAGAACGGAACUAUCCUCUACACUAUGAGAUUGACGAUAAACGCAGAGUGUCCCAUGCGACUGAUGAACUUCCCCAUGGACGGCCAUGCCUGUCCUCUCAAGUUUGGUAGCUAUGCCUACCCUAUGAGUGAAAUUGUGUACACAUGGAAAAAAGGCCCACUGUUCUCUGUGGAAGUCCCAGAGGAGUCCUCCAGCUUGCUACAGUACGAUCUAAUAGGACAGACAGUGUCCAGUGAGAGGUUAAAAUCCAACACUGGUGAAUAUGUAGUCAUGACUGUUCACUUCCACCUGCAAAGGAAGAUGGGCUUCUUCUUGAUUCAGACAUACAUCCCCUGUAUCAUGACCGUGAUCCUGGCUCAGGUCUCUUUUUGGAUCAAUAAGGAAUCGGUUCCUGCACGAACUGUAUUCGGCAUUACCACAGUGCUUACCAUGACCACACUCAGCAUCAGCGCCCGCCACUCUUUGCCCAAAGUCUCUUACGCCACGGCUAUGGACUGGUUCAUCGCUGUGUGUUUCGCCUUCGUCUUCUCAGCCCUCAUUGAAUUUGCCGCAGUCAACUACUUCUCCACGCUGCAGGCCAACCGGGAGCUCCGCAAGGCGGCCUCCAUUAAGGCAGCCCAGGAGGCAGCAGAGGCCGGGAGGACCGAUGGGGAGUCCUCUUCGGACGCCAGCAGUAUGCUGAAGAAGAGGAUGAACUCUACGCCUCACUUUGAGAGGCCAGCGGAGGUGUUCCCUAACCCUCCAGUGAAUGCCCAGGCCUUCCUCCAGCAAGGCUCAGCCGUGCCAUCCAACAACUUACUGACGGGCACCAGCAUCAUAGACAAGUACUCUCGCAUCCUCUUCCCUCUGUCGUUCGGGGCCUUCAACCUGGUGUACUGGAUCGUCUAUCUCACUAAGGACACCAUGGAGAUGACAAGGGACAGCGUGUGAGCCACCUGCAGGAGUGAGCCCCCUCACUGAUCACAUACGCACAUGGACACACACACACACACACACACACUUUAUUUUUAUGCUUCCUCCAUACAUAAUUUCAGUGUGUGAGGAUUUGAAGGGCUUUGCCAACUCUUGACCUGGGAGCUCAUGUUCACUCAUAGCUUGGUCUCUCAGUCUAUUUAAGAAAGGUAUUCAAUCUCUUUGUCUCUCGCACAUCCCUCUGUCUUCCCCCUGAAGAGAAAAUGUGCAUUUGUACUUCUCUUCCAUGUGUAAUGCCCUUUCCCUGUCGCUGCCUGAAUCCGUGGGUCGUUCCAAGAAGUAUCUGAGUGUCUGCCACAGGUCUGGAGGCAGUGGAGGCUCUUUGUCUGUAUAAAAUGACACACGGCUUGGCACCGUCUACACUGGACAGUACUGGAACACACCUGAGGGGAGUAAUGUGUACUGACUGACAGACUCUCUCCUCCCAAUUUCAACAUAGCCAUCUUUCUCUAUUUUUCGGUUCAUUGGUUUAUAUUCACUCAUCUCAUGAAACAUAGGGUUCUUAUUGGUUCCUCAACAAUGUUCCCUCAAACGUUUAGGCACUGAGCAAAUCUCAGGUCUGCUGAGUACAAAAUUGAACAUUGUGAGAAUUCUGUGCAAUUUCCAGCACGUGUUUACUGUGAACACUGAGGCUGUACCCACUUUAAGUUACCGUUUUAAAUUAACAGUGUCCAAAUAGGCUACUGUGGCUAUUUGAUCAUAAUGUAGACCUACCAGAGUGGCCUACCAUCAAAAUCUAUGGAGAACAUACAUCCUAUAACAUUUUAACAUGAAAAUAGCUGUUCUAUCGUUUAGCCUAUGGUAGAAGCCAAUUUGUGAUGUUCAAUGUAGGCCUACAUUCAAUGAGACUUUUGAAAAAACAUGCAGGGCUUGACAUUAACCUGUUUAUCCACUUGUCCUUCAGACAAGGAGGUAACUGAAAAUGUUGUUCUGUUGUUUGUGGCAAGAAUCCACUUUACAAAAUAAAAUGCCAUACCUACAUACAUAAUUAUUACCAUACCAUUAUUACAGAGAAUCAGAUAAAUUAUGCUACAAUCUGCCUAUUGGCUACUUAGCUUAUUCAAGCCUGUCUCAAAAUACAACACAAAAAAAAGCUCUUUACCUGACUCGCGUUUCAAAGAUGAUCUUUUGUGCUCUUGUUGGAAACAAUCAUUCCCCUAUUGCUGACUACAAAUGAUCUAUAACUGGGCUAAUAACUCACUAACUAGUAAAGGAUAUGAACAAAAUGUGCACGCGGCUACAUGCAGCUCUUGCUUUGUUCUCAAAACAAGCUCAUCUACUAACGACUGCUCAUGCUGUUAACAUAGUCCAGUUCAACGUAAAUGGCACAGAUCCAUUUAUGGCAAUGGUUUAUUUGCAUAUAGGCCAACCACAGCUCUGUUUGGUUAUGCUGCGCUGGUCUGUGUAGUUCAUUUUGUUUCGGUAUGUUGCAUUGAAAGUGGCUAAUAUUGCAUUGAUUCGAUCACAACUGCCACAGUAAAGGGAAACGAUAGUGUUAACUGAGAAAACUCUAGAAAGUUGAGUGAAGUUCAAUCUCGUGCUUCUCUCUGUGGGCUGAUAUUUCUUCUUCGUGGCAGUCCCGGGGGGCUGCGUAACAGUCUCUGGGCUACUGCUCGCCCGCGGGCAGCUUACAAUGAACAUUGUUUCUCACAUACAGUUUAAUAUUCACAGUUACAGACACACAAUCAGUAGAAAUACAACACACACACACAGAUACACACAUACUCUCUCACACACACACACACACACACACACACACUCGCACAACCACACACACACUGUCUUAGAAGACAGUAAAAUCAUUGGCCUCUCCACACAGGUCAUAGAUCCAUCACAGGGCCUGUAUUUGUUGGCAUCCACCACCUCAAACCACACCCUGGACUUUAAGGCAUUCACAAUCUUCUUUCCUUGCUAACUUUACUUGGCUAUAUUCGGCGUAACGGAUAAUACAAAUAUAGUUCCCUGGCAACAGCCGGCCUCUCAAUCAAUGGAUGUAUUCUAUAAUGUCAGUGCUGUGCUGUUUGUGUUCAUGUUUUCUGUUUUUGUACUUUUAUGUAAUUGCAUCAGUCAUGAUUGAACUGGGAAGGAUGCUUAAGUGGUUUGUGGUUGGCAAUUAUUCAUUAAAUGGCAGCUUUACAUUUAAUUUAUAACUGCAUCACCUCAUAAGCAAUUAUGCAAAAUGCAUUAAUAAAUUAGCUACUUUCUGGAUUUACAUAUGAUUAUGCACCAUUUCCAAUUAAAAUAAAGAAGUAAACCAUUAAAUCCACACGGUAGCGCCAUCUAAAUAUAUCCAACAUGGAUACGUGUGUGUUUGUUGGUUAUUCAUGACUGUGUCGUUCCACUGGUUGCCUCCCUCAGCAAAACAUGUUGCAGCUUAUCAACACACUUCACCAUCACAACACUAUCAAGCAUCUCUUUCACUGUUUUCCUAAAGUAUAUUAAUAUUCCUCCAGUUUUUUUAUGUCCCCUUCCCAAUAUUGUGAGAACUUUUGCUAAGAAAAAGUAGAAGGACUGCCUCUGUAGCUCAGUUGGUAGAGCAUGGUACUUGCAAAGCCAGGAUAAUGGGCAGACCACUCAUACAUAAAAUGUAUGCACGCAUGACUGUAAGUCGCUUUGGAUAAAAGCGUUUGCUAAUUGGCUUAUAUUAUUAUUCAAUUGAACCCUCCUCUUCUUUUGAUGUGGAGUCUGGGGAGACUUCAGCAGUGACUACACUGGAAGGCCCUGGAAGGGCCUCCUUGACAUUAGACUGGCUGAAUCUUAACAAAGAGGCAAAGAAGCGGCUGACGUAGAGCAGCGACUGAAUAGCCCUUUUGAAAGGGCUAUUCAGUUGAAUGAAACGACAAGGGGGGGGGGCUGUAUCAGUGACCUUAUUGAUUUCCCUCAACCUGACUGAUCAUCUUCAACUCACUGGUCUCUACGGGGGACCAGCACUAGCAUGACCUGUGACCCUUUAGUGUCCUCCUUAGGAGUUUGGAGUGUGGGGGUUGUGAGUGUCUAAGACCAUGACAACAUUAUAUUUCACUAAAGGCAUGGGUUACAUUGACGUCUAACCAGUAUUAUUUGCUCGUUUUUUAUUCACAGGCCAAGAAAAGUGUGAAUAUGAAGCAGUUUUAUCGCCAACACUGCUAUUUGUUUAUAUUUGUGAAUAUUUCAUGAUCAAUGUAUUUAUAGACUUAUAUUUUUAUUUCUCGGGAACCCUGCUUGACGGCUAUUAUCUUAAUUAUUUGUACUGAUCAGGGUUGGGUUUCCCGUAAACAUCGUAGCACUAAGAUUGUCUUUUGUUGAUUUAGUUUCAAUGGAAGAUUAAGAUGUCCUACGAUGCUUUUAGGAAACACAGCCCUUAAAUGUAUUGCAGCGUUUUGUAUAUAAUGAUAUUUUAGCAAAUGAUUUUGUGCACACACAUUAUUCUCUAUUCUGCACAUUGAAAUGCAUUUGUUUUUCUUUUCCCUUGGAGCCUAGGUUUUUCUUAUUGCCAUAGAAUACAAUAUUUUGGUGUUUAGACGUUCUGUAGUUUUAUUAACAAUCUCCACAUAAAUACUUUCCCUCAGGAUUGUGCAAAUAUUAUCAUGUUUAAUAAAUCCAAAUGAUGUA